GUUAGACACUUUUUCCUCACACCGGAAGGCAUGGCAAGUCUAGCAUUCGCAAAACUACCCAACGCUGAGCACCCGAGGAAGCAUUAACGGUACCGCCUCAAAAUAACAUUUUGCGGCUACAACUCGUAGUCCCGACGAAAAUACUCCCGCCAUCUCACCCGCGGCGCGCAUUGCAGUUUGGCAACACCCCGCACCUCCAGCCCAAAAACGAAAAAGCCGCCUGUUGCAUUGAGCAACAGCAGCACAGCCGCAAGUCCGUCAAUCACUUCAACCCCCCGAGAAAGUCCACACGCAAGCGCUAGACCAUCACUCGUUGCUUCUGAUACUUCCAGAGCACUGUAGCCAGCUUCAGCUUCAUCCGUUGCCCUCUAUAAUCCCCCAGCGAGAAAGGACGCACUCUCGAACUCGACGUCAAACAGAAUGGACCUCGCCAUCCGCGUGAAUGUUCGCUACGCCGCCCCGGCCAAUUCACAGAUCAAGGACGCGUUACUGCUGUUCAAGAGCGCGCGUUGGGUGCAUUCCAUUAUCCGCUACAUCAUUCCGCAGCUCAACAGUGUGUCACCAGCCGCCAUGCACAUCAUGGAGUCGCUCAAAAGCAACCCGGCCGACGUGCGACAACAGCAAGACGGAGAGCAUGCGGUCUGCGUCGUGUGCAUGGAAGCACUCACAUCGCCCUGUGCCGAGCUGCCUGCGUGCUGCCACCAGUUCCACGAGCGCUGCAUUGAACCCUGGCUCAAGAUGCACAGCACCUGCCCCACUUGUCGUCACCAGCUACCCACGGACGCCUAUACGAGCUACAGCGUCUACGCCAUCAACACCACGAUCGUCUUACAGCAGUCCCAGUCCAGUAUGCCCGCAGCUGAAUUGUUAGAACUGUCGGCCAGCAACCAGGUCAUCCGUGCCAUCGUGAACGCGCGGGUGAGGCGCAAUGUAGCAUCAACGUCAACUACCGGAGUGGCCAUGCGUGGAUCUCUCUCGAGUGAAUUGCCUAUUUUCCAGACUGAGCCGCCUGUCAUGAACGCUAGUGUGUUGCAACGCGGCUCCGGUCUGUCUGCAGCGUUGCCUCCCUGUGUCACUGAACCCGUAGUACCCGUCAUGCACCGGAAUGCCUCCCGACGUCGUUUCCGCGAGCAAGAAACCAUCCGAGCGAUCGACAAGCGGCGACGUCUGAGUGAUUCUGCAGAGGAACAGGAUAUCUCAACUUCGUGAACCGCCGGUCUACAUCCACGUUUUGCCACAAUAAGAUAGAACUCGAUAAAUUACAGUCAAGUACCAACGACACGAAGCAGUAACGGGCGAUACAGACGCGUUCACUAUUCGUACAGUCGGCGUUGCCCUCCCUCAGUAGGACAGCUUAGAGCUUGCCGUAGCUGCUUUAUUGAGAAGCUUAUUUAACCGAGAAAACAAGUAUGCAAUCCCACACGUAACGUCGUCAGAUCCUCUGUCAAGCAUG